AUGCCUGCACGCCGAAAGCAAAACGUACCGAUGGGAAUUCAAGUGGAGAAACGAGAACAGCCCGAGUUGGCACAGCACGAUCCAUCUGUUCUCGACCUUGCAUUUGCAAUGGAUUGCACGGGAUCGAUGGCUUCAUAUAUUGACAGCGCUCGAAACAACAUUCGUUCGAUUGUCGAAGAAAUUGUUCGAAGUGAAAAGAGUGACAUUCGUCUAGCUCUGGUCGAAUAUCGAGACCAUCCGCCUCAAGACACGACGUUCGUCACUCGUGUGCACAAUUUUACAAAUGAUGUGAGUGAAAUGAGAGAUUGGCUUGACCAAUGUCGAGCUGAAGGAGGCGGUGAUGAGCCUGAAGCUGUCGCUGAUGCAUUGCGAGAUGUACUCGAUUUAUCAUGGCGCGAAGGUGCAACGAAAAUCUGUGUUCUAAUAUCCGAUGCUCCACCGCAUGGUCUCAACGGUCGUGGUGACACUCUUCCACAAGGAUGCCCUGAUGGUCAUGAUCCAAUGAGAAUUGUACGAGACAUGGCUGAGUUGAGUAUUACGCUGUAUGCUGUCGGCGUCGAGCCACCUAUUGUUCCUUAUCGUGAUUUUUUCAUGACGAUCGCUUACAUCACUGGCGGACAAUACGUGCCGAUGGUGAAUGCCCAAUUAUUAGCUCAAGUCAUUGUUGGUGGCGUGCAGGAAGAGAUCACAUUGGAACGUCUGAUGCAAAACGCUCAGGCAGAUAUUGCUCGUGAAAUACAGCAAGCAGAGGAAGAAGGUGUUGAUGAUGGAGAAACUGCUCGACGAGUUAAUCGUUAUUUCGCUUCGAGAAAGACGCGUACGAGACAAAUGCGCAACAAAGGUGGUGCAACAUCGAAAGCAGCCGAAGACUGCUAUUCGAAAUGCGCAGAUAUGAGUGAAGUACGUGAGAAGUAUAAGAUGGUAGAAACCAAAAAAGAGGAAGAUAACGAUGAAGACGACGAAGAAAAAGAGGACAACAACGAAAAGGCGAACUACGAAGUCGAUGAAGACGAUAUGAGCCUUGAACAAGCGAAACGUAUUGUUCAAAAGGUGAAAAAUCGAAAGUAA